GAGGGCUGGAUAGCUUGCUUGCUUGCUUUGGCUACUACCUGUAGCAUCUGUGGAUUUCUCUCCCGACUGCUUGGCAGGCAUUCUACUCGCAUUGGAACAAAUUACAGACACCAAGGGAGCCUCGCGAGUGCUGUGGGCAUCGGGUGGAGAGCACGCCGGGCACCAGCCAGGGGAAGUGGGAAAACAACGUUGCAGAACCACGACUGUCGGGAGGACUACAGAAGCAGAAGCAGGGCGAUGCAUCACCACUGUAUACGACCAGCGAGAUACAAAUACGGAACAUCAGUUCAGUGA